AUGGGCGACUGUGCCCUUCCGUCUCUCCCUCUUUACAUCCGUACAAGUUUAGGCUUCACCAACUGGCAAGCGAAUAUCCCUAGAGCGCGACCUGAUUCCAAGGGAGAGUGCGAGACAUGCGAAUUUGCCCUACGCGCUCAUAAAACCCACAUAGUCCGUCAGGUUGCCCACUAUGCAUCCGUAUCUGUUCCGUACACUACAGUGAUCCUCAUCCAUACGGCCCACAGACCGGGACCCCUCGCACCCGUCGGCAGUGCGUGUGGGCAUUGGCAUUUACCUUCCGAAAUGACAGCUGCCCAUGCAAUUGCGUCCUCUCACUCAUUCUCGACUUGGGAGUCUGUCACUGCAGCCCAUUCAGCAGAUCAUCUUGGCUACGGAUAUCUUUACCUUACCUUGCUCUAG